AUGUUCGGUCAAAUCUUCUCCAGUGUCUUCGCCUGGACGCUCAUUGCAAUCCUCGCCGGGUUAUAUCGCUUUACCACCAAACAGCGACCUAUCUUUCCGGUAGUGAACGAUUACCGGGGCGAUUUCUUCCGUCGAAAAGCAUACCGUGAAUAUAACCAGAAUGCGAAAAAGUUAAUCGUCGACGGUCUGGCCAAGCAUGGUAGUCCUAUCACGUUACGUGUGCCGGAUGGCCUGAAAAUCGUGUUGCCAUCUGCCCUUAGCGAGUGGGUCAAGACAAACAGGGACCUCGACCAUCAGGAAUUGAUCAGGGAAGAAUACUUUGCAGGAUUCCCAGGCUUCGAGGCUCAAGAUACACUCCAUGCCCCCGACGGAAUGUUGAUUAAGCUGCUUCGGACGAAUUUAUCCCAAAAUGAAGAAAUCGUCCCCACGGUCAACCGGCAUAUUGGACCGGCGUUACAACACUAUUGGGGAGAUAGUGGUAUCUGGCAUACUAUCGAUUGGGAAGACGACACCACUGGGAUCAUCUCUCGUGCGGCAGCGUCGAUCUUCGUGGGUCCGGAGAAGGCCGCAGAUGACGAGUGGCAGACGGUCGUUCAGGCGUAUGUGCGCGAGUAUUUCGCAGCCGUGAGUGAGCUUCAUACAUGGAGGGCUUCGUUACGACCGAUCGUGCAGUGGUUUCUACCGCAUGCCUCGGCUUGUCGGCGCCUUUUACACCAGUCUCGCGCAAUUAUGCAGGAAGUGGUUCGAAAGAGGGAACGAGAAGCUCAGGCUGCAGAGGACCAAGGUUUGGUCGCACCUCGAUACAACGAUGUUCUUGCGUGGACUAUGCAAGUCCCCGACAACAAGCACCCGGCGGGCGAUAUACAGCUCGCCUUGGCCAUGGCAGCACUGUUUACAACCACCGAACUUUUCAAGCAGAUUCUCAUCAACAUUGCCCGACACCCCGAACUCGUCGAACCAUUACGGAAGGAAAUCAAAACGUCACUAUUGGGGCACGGUCUGGGACUCACUGCGCUGGCGAAGAUGGAACUACUCGAUAGCGUGAUGAAGGAGUCGCAAAGGCAGAUUCCGGUUACAGUGGGAUUGGAGCGCAAGGUCAUUCGUGAUACGUCUCUUCCGGAUGGGACGAAAUUACCCAAAGGGUCACAUAUCAUGGUCGACGCAACCGACAUGUGGAAUCCAGAAGUUCAUGUGAAUCCCGAGGUAUUCGAUGGGUACCGAUUCUUGAAGCGACGUCAUGCAGGAGACAAAGCGAGUCAAUUUGUGCAGUCGAGCCGAGAACAUAUUGUGUUUGGGGGUGGUAGACAUAUAUGCCCCGGUCGCUUCUUUGCUGGUACCGAGCUGAAGCUAUGCUUGGCCCACAUUCUCUUGAAAUAUGAUAUUCGGUUAAAAGAAGGGUACUAUCCGCAACCUAUGGUACUCGGGGUUUAUGCGAUUGUUGACCCAAUGACUCAAUUGGAGGUUCGGCGGAGAGAGCACACCGAGGAUUUAGUAUUUUGA